AUGAAAUUCGGAUCGCAAUUGAAGAACGCCAUUUACCCCGAGUGGCAAUCGCACUACAUUGAUUAUGACGGGCUCAAGAAGAAGCUGAGAAAGGCUGAAAAGGACCGACCUUUCACCGAGAAGGACGAGACUGAAUUUGUCGAGGUAUUGGAUGCCAACUUGGAAAAGGUGUAUGCGUUCCAUCAACAAAAGCAUGAUGAGAUCAUCAGUGGAAUCGAUUCGUGGGAUCAAGUGAUUGCUUCAGAGCCCAAUGCUUCCGAUAUGGCCAAUAUCCAAGAGCACAUCAAUGAGAUUGCAGAUGAUGUGAAUCGACUCGCAAGGUUUUCUCGUCUCAAUUACACCGGCUUCCUCAAGAUUGUCAAGAAACAUGAUCGCCACACCAAUUACAUCUUGCGUCCCAUGUUUAUGGUGCGACUCAACCAGUGUCCCUUCUGGAAGCAAGAUGAUGAUGCUCUUCUUAUCAAGCUAUCAGAACUCUUCAGCAAAGUGCGUGAUGGUGGCAAGCAAAUGUCAUUCAAGACGCCCAUUCUGAAACAAUCAACAACCGAAUAUGGGGAACAAGUGGUGGAUCAUCGACGUGUACUCGUGAAACGCUUUUUCGUCCAUGCCGACAACAUUUUGGAACUCAAGACCUACGUCCUGCGACAUUUGCCAGUGCUCGUUUAUCGUGAUAAUGGCGUCGACCAUGAUGAUAUCGAUCCACCCAUCUCAUCAUUGUACCUGGACAACAUGUCACUCGAUAGCUACAAUGAUCGUGUUGAAUCAGCUGAAGGCUCUCAGGUGGUACGCUUACGGUGGUAUGGAAGUGCAAAGAACAACACAUCCAUUGUAUUUGAACGGCGCACAUUGGCGGAUGAAGAACAAGGUGAAUUGACGGAUCGGUUCAUUAUCAAGGACAAGUACGUUUCCGGGUUCCUGAAUGGUGACCAAACAUUUAUCCACAAAGCCGUCAACAAAAUGCGAAACAAUUUGGGCAAGUCAGAGGAGGACGUUGAAAAGUUUGAAGCAUUCGCUCGUGAUCUUCAACGUAUGAUUAAGGAAAAGGAUAUGCAACCAGUGCUUCGAACCUAUUACAAGCGCACAGCAUUCCAAAUCCCAGGAGACAAUCGAUUGCGUAUGGCAUUGGAUACCGAUCUUUGUUUUAUUCGCGAGGAUACCAAUCUAUUUUCAAAUGACCCCAUUAUUCGUCGUCCUGAUGGUUCUUGGCACCGCCCAGAUGCUGAUAUCGAAUAUCCAUUCACCAAUCUGAAACCAGAAAGCGACAUCAAUCGUUAUCCUUAUGCCACAUUUGAGAUUAAGCUCGACCUUGGACCUGGAGAAACUGAACCAGAGUGGAUCAUUGAUCUUGAAGAGAGCGGCAUUUUGGAAGAAACGCACCAAUUCAGCAAAUUUGUUCAUGGCAUGGCUUUGAUGUUUGAUACACGUGUGGCGUUGCUUCCCUAUUGGCUUGCUCAGGUGGAUGAAGAUGUGGAACAACUCCCUGUGCUUCCAUCACAAACACCAUCGGUGGGCAAAAAGACACACAAAGGAAAAGGAAAAGCAUCGUCGCCUCCAUUAUCCAAUGUAGCGGAUGAAGAUGUGUGCCUGGUUCUGGAACCUGCCACUCCUAGGUCACCUGUCAAUGAGCGUACGUCUUUAUUGGGUGGUCAACAUCAGCGAGGUAGCACUCGAUACAUGGGUAUUAUGCCAUCACCUCCUUCAUCAACGGAUGGAUCACUUCAAGAAGAUGGAUACAAUUGGAAGGAUACGUUGAAAACGAGCUGGAGCCAAUUGGUUCAUCGUCGCAAGAAAACCAAAUAUCCACCUGUUGUUCUUCCACCUGGUGUCAAGGUGCCCAAGAAGGUCGUCACUCCUUUACGUGUUGAACCCAAAGUCUUUUUCGCUAAUGAACGCACCUACUUUGCAUGGAUGUCUCUUGGUUCGCUUUUAUCGACAUUUUCUAUCGCCCUCUUCAAUGCUGGUGAUGCAGUAGCCAAGGUGUGUGGUAUUGUGUAUACAUUGGUGUCACUCUCUACGCUCAUGUAUGGUAUGGGUCUCUAUUAUCGACGUCGUGAGUUGAUUCGUAACAAGCUUCCUGGUCCAUACGACGACAUCUCUGGUCCCACUGCCAUUUGCUUUGCUUUGCUAUUUGCUGUUGGAUUCAAUGCUUACCUCAAAUUCACCGUUCAUACACCCUCUCUCUUUUACUUUCAUUGA